CAAAUGGUGGCGGCUUAGGGUAUUUCUUUUUCUUUUUAUAACACAAAAGUAGUAGAGUUGAAGUGUUUUUUAUAAGAAAAUGAAUAUUGGUGAAGAUAUACUUCUAAAAGGCUAUGUAGCCGGCCUUUCCGUCUAACAAAAUACAUUUAUGUAUCUCGAAAUUUUAGCUACUAGUCCUUUUUUGUCUCAAAGGUGUUGUUAAAAUUUUUAAACUACAUUUUUACAUAAACAAAACUUUGAAAACAAACACGCUAUGGCUAAAGUAGAACCUCCACUUUUCAUACUUCCCAAAAAGCGUAAUGGAAAGAAACCAAACCCUGUAGCAGGCCAUGUUGAUCACAUUAUUACCGUUCAGGGAGCGGCAGAAAAUGAAUUGCCAACUAAAUACAUAAAUGGUUUAUCGCCGGUUACUGAACACGUAGUAAACGGUAUCAUACAUUCCACUAUGGAGGGACUCAAAUCAAACAUGAAAAUUAAUCUGCCAAUAAUUAAUGAUGUAAACGACGAAUUUACUAACGACUCUGCACCUCAAAAUGAUCAAAAGACACAAAGAAAUGGCUAUCAACCAUUAUCCACAAUUCAUGGCAGUCGUGAAAUUAUUGACCUAUCACCGAUAUAUGAGAAUUCCUCAGAUGCUUGCUCAAGUCACGGCGACUUGAGAGAAAUUAAUGAGAAUGAAUUACAACGCAGUUGUAAAGUCCUCAACAGUGAAAAUUAUGAAAGUUCAUGUCCCACACCUAACAGCCUAUCUCAGACCCAAUCAGAAAACAGUUUUGAAAUGGGCCCACUUACAGACAGCCUUAAAAACAGUGCUAAGAGGCGUAAGAGGGUUAAUAUUGUUGCUGGUAUAGUUGAAACUGACAAUACCGACACAGAAAUUACAGCUUUAAGAGUGGAAUCUGAAGGUUCGAUAUCACCUGAAUGUUCUUUGUCUGAAAACAAAGAUGGUUAUUUGACUAUGACAGGCACAAUUAAGAGAGGAAAGAAAAAGGGGCAGAAUGUAGAUGUGAAACUUAAUAUAUCACGGGAGGAGCUGGAAAUUAUUGAAGCCGCAAUUGUGGCUGAUGAAUAUAACAAGAUGGAUGUAUCCAAAUGCUCCCUAUAUAAUGGACCCCAUAUCUUCAUAUUCACUCUCAUUUGUAUACCAUUUGUUGCCAUAAUAUCUGCCACAUACUCCUUCUAUAUAGGCACUAUGGCUUGGUACAACAUUUUUACUCAUGUCACCGAAGAUUUCAGCUGUAUCAAGAAGGUGUUUUUUGCACCGCUUGUGAUAUUGUCUUAUCCAUUUCUGAUAGUAAUUUUUACAGUCAUCCUCGGAUUGUAUGCUGGUAUCGCACAACUAACUUUCAGCGGAACAAACUGGUGGAAGGAUGUGUCUGAUUUUGAGAAGGGCUUUUACGGUUGGCUUUGUAAUAGUCUAGGUAUGUCCGAAUGUAGUCCUUACGAAGUCGUCGUUCUGAUGGAUGUCAAGCAGUAAGCACGUCAGCAUAUAAUUAAGUUGUGAUUUUUAUAUUAUACAUUUUAAAAUACUUCCAGCUACAAAUAAUACUGCCAUAUUUAAAUUAUUAGAGGCUUAGUUAUAAUUUGUAAAGCAACUAAUCUAGUCAGAAGUAAUUUAAGCUAAACAUUCCACUCUACAUCACACAUCAAGUUUUCUAUUUAGCGAAACGAAAACGGGAGCAAUGAUGUCACUUUUAUAGAAAUUUUAAUGGGCGUUUUUGAAUUCUAUAUUUAAGAAAGACUGGUUUAAAAGUAGGGAUAAAAAACUAGUCACGUAAUCGUUACACAAAAUGGGCAGCUUAAUAGAAGAUAAAUUUUCAUAGAUUAAUUUAGCCUACAUUUUCAUAUUAUCUGCAUGUUCGAAAAGAUUUAAUCAUAGAAAUUUUUAUUAUGCAACCAGAUAUUUUAUUGAUCUCAUUUUAAUGUUUCUCAGUUUAUAGGGAAUUUUAUAUAGAAAUGAAUGUACUCAUAUCAAUCUAUAUAUUGGAAUUAAAAUUAUAAUUCUAAAUAUACUAAGGAUGCACUAUUAUAAGAAUAGCAUAGGUACAACACUAAGAGAAGGUAAAUCAUAAUCGUAUAUCUAAACGAAACCGUAACAUGUUUUGCUUAGCAUAACUUAAUUUGAUGCUUAGCAAGAUUGUAUCAAAUAUUGAAAUAAAUUACGCAAUCAUUAUUCAUAGUAUAAAGACUGAUGUAUUCUAGUCACUAUUGUGUCCAUUUUCUAUGUAAUAAAACAUUUUACAAAACAAUUUGUUUUACUAAAACAUAAUCUACAAUUAACAUAUAAUUCAAUCAUGAAGUAUCUUUUGGUUGACUCUGUUCUGAUUUUGGUUCCUUUACUUCCUUGUCUAUUCUUUCCUUCGCACGGACUAUUU